GUCACACUGCGCCAGCGAACUUCAGCUGUUCCACAACAACAACACGCGGCAGCGACUACAACAAAACAAUAAGAUUGUAAUCAAGUUGUUAACACUUAUUAGCGAGCUACCCAAAAACUAAUUGUCGCAGUUUCAAUGCGCCCAACGAACGGUAAACGCCAUUCCAAGGAGAGCCCAUAGCGUGAAAGAGAGAGAGAGUGAGAUAGAAAAACGGUGAAGGUCGCUCUGCAUAAGAUAGAGAUAAUUGAUUCGCAGCAAGCCACCAAGCAACUGAUAUAAUCAAUCUUGAUUCUCGACAUCCCGCCAGGGAGACAAAACAAUAGAGAUCCGAAAGAUCCGAAAGAUCCGAGAGAUCCGUCAUCAAACCGGACCAACACAACCAUCGGUGUCCCGCUUCCCGCUCAUCCUCAUCCAGCGGAUUAGAAUAUAUUCCAUUACGAAGAUAUGGCUCUGAAUCUGAAGGCCCUGUUGGGCAUGCUGUUCGUGUUCAUCGGAUGCUGCAGCAACGUGGUCUUCCUGGAGCUGAUCAUUCAGAUCGAUCCGGGAGCCGGUAACCUGAUCACCUUCGCCCAGUUCCUGUUCAUCGCACUGGAGGGCCUGGUCUUCACCUCCAAGUUCUUUACGGUGCGACCAAAGAUUGCGCUGAAGGACUACGUCAUCCUGGUGGCCCUGUUCUUUGGAGCGAACGUGUGCAAUAACUACGCGUUUAACUUCAACAUACCCAUGCCGCUGCACAUGAUCUUCCGCAGCGGUUCACUGAUGGCCAACAUGAUCAUGGGCAUUGUGCUGCUGAAAAAGCGCUAUAAUCUGCGACAGUACAGCUCCGUGGCCAUGAUCACGGCGGGCAUUAUACUAUGCACCCUUGUUUCCAGCGGCGAUGUCAAGGAUAAUACCCAUCACAGCCUCAAGGUGGAUACCUCCUAUUCCGACUUCUUCUGGUGGUCGGUGGGCAUCGGUUUGCUGACCAUCGCCCUGCUGGUCACCGCGUACAUGGGCAUCUACCAGGAGGUGAUCUACAAGAAGUACGGCAAGCAUCCCAGCGAGGCGUUAUUCUUUACGCACAUGCUGCCCCUGCCCGGUUUUCUGAUCAUGGCCGGCAAUAUAGUCCAACACUUUGGCAUCGCAUGGUCAUCGGAGCCAGUGGCCGUGCCACUGCUGGGAGCCAUUGGUCUGGAGUGGAAAUUCCCGCUGAUGCUGUUCUACCUGCUGUGCAACGUGGUCACCCAGUACGUGUGCAUCAGUGCCGUCUACGUCCUGACGACCGAAUGUGCCUCGCUAACCGUCACGCUGGUGGUCACCCUGCGCAAGUUCGUCUCGCUGCUGUUCUCCAUCAUCUAUUUCCGGAACCCCUUUACCCUGAAUCAUUGGGUGGGCACCAUCCUGGUCUUCUUCGGCACAAUACUCUUCGCCAAUGUGAUCAACCAGGUGAGGGACGCGUAUCGGGCCAGGUUGACACGGAAGAGCCACUUCGACACCGCUCCGCUGGCCAAGAAGGCGGAGUAAUCUCCGAGGGUUGUGUUGGUUCCUGCUGCAGAGGCCAUUAACCUUUAAUUUGUAGUCCUAGCGCCUUGUUUGUACAUAGAAUUUGCCUAGUGUGUAGACGCCUCUUUGUCUGGUUUCUAAUUCUCGUCCAUCGCAAAGUGAGCUUAUGCGUGUCUUUUUGGAUUUUCAAAUGUUCGUUUUUUUUAAUAAAUAAUUGUCCAAACGUUUGUAAUAUA